AUGCCUGAGGCCAUUACACCUCAGGCGCCUGAUCCAUUCGAGACCACCCCUUUCCAUGAGCUGCUGUUUAAAGCUCCCGUGAAGCUGUUGCUGUUUCAUACAUACCAUGUCCUCAAUUCCCUCCGCUCAGCUCCCACGCCCUCUGAUCCGCCAAUUCGCGUAGUCUGUAUAUCAGACACACACGAAAAGUUUCCCGAAAAUGUACCCUCAGGCGACGUUCUUAUACACGCGGGAGAUAUGACGAAUGACGGCAGCGUUGCGUCAAUACAAAAGCAGGUAGACUGGUUAUCGUCACUACCACACAAAGAAAUAGUAGUCAUAUCCGGCAACCACGAUACAUACCUCGACCCGCGCACACGACCGUCGUUAUCCGACGACCAGAGAUCAGGCACGAUUGACUGGAAACGAGUGCACUACCUCCAACACCGCAGCUUGACGCUCUCGCUGGCUAUUGAGCCUUCUUAUACUGACUCUCCCCGAACACGUUUGUUGUCUGGCGUAAAACAUAGAAGUAUUCGAUUGUAUGGAGCCCCGCAGAUUCCGGCCUGUGGCCCACUGUCAAUACAUGCCUUCCAAUACCCUCGAGGCUUGGACGCCUGGUCUGAGACAGUGCCCGAGGCCACGGAUAUUCUUAUAACGCAUACACCCCCGAAGUAUCAUAUGGAUCUUACCCUACCGAAUGGAAUGGGGUGCGAGCAUCUUAUGAAAGAGGUGAGGCGAGUGAAACCAACCUUGCAUGUGUUCGGACAUGUGCAUUGGGGAGCGGGGCAGAUGGUUGUCUGGUGGGAUGGCUGUCACGAUGCAUAUGAGAUGGGUAUGGGCGCCAGAACUAGAUGGGCGCAUGGGUUACUGAAUCCUUGGAUAUGGUGGAAUCUAGUCAGAGUGGGAUAUCGAGGUCUUAGAGGGCUGGUAUGGGACAAGGUGUGGGGAGGGAAAGGUCCUAGCACCAUUAUGGUGAAUGCGUCGCAAAUGCAUGAGAACACUGGAAAAUUGAGCAAUCCUGUCCAAGUUGUGGAUAUAUGAGUGGCGGAGAUAUGAGUUACGUUCUUACGAGUUGAUGCUUACGGUAAAUAUUAG